GACCGACAGAGGCAGCCAAAAUGGCGGACGCGGAGGGCUUUCCCACCCGGGUCACGCUUCCUAACACGCAGGCGCGGUGACCUCCUUUCCCCACCUCCUCUGGGUUUCGGAGCUUGCCGGGAAACCUGGAGGCUGGCCCGCCUGUGGAGGCCGGGAGGGUCGGGGCAGGCCCCGCCCAUCAUUUCAGUGCGUGGUGCCCUCGAAGCGCCCGCGGAGCUACGGGAGGCUAGGCUAGUACGGUUCAGACCGCCUCCUCAUCAAAAACAGCCUCUCUGGCGCCUUCCUGCUAGAUUGACCUUUCAUUCCUUGGAAAGAGUCUCGCACACUGUGUGAUCAUCAUUUGAGCCCAAAGUGCUAAAAUACAGGUGUAGGUGUUUGAGAAGCGCUGUAGUUGAUUAUGGACGAAAUGCCUAAUUUAAGGAGCAGAGGCGGAGUGGAAAAUGAAAAAAGCUUCACCGCAGUGGAGACUUGUUAACAGCCCUGGGGAGGAAGGGGCUUUACAGAGUCUGAAACUCGUGAAAGAGCUUGACCGAUGAAAUGGGCCUGGCUGUCGUAUCGGUAAUUUGGUGAAUGUUGCUUAAGAUCAGCCUGGAAAGGUAGUUAGCCAGAUCUGAAGUGACAUAUUUGCACUGCCAAAGGAGCCUCUGGAGGUUAAAGUAUGUGUUUUAAUUUCGUUGUUGAGGCCAUAUAAUGCAGAGUUGACGGACCGACCUUAUGAGUCACCUUGGAGUGGAGUAGUGGAGACUUAAAGACAGACUACCCUGGAGCUGGCUUCAAACUAGUGCUUAAUGUUGUGACUCGAGCUCCCCAUCCCCAGAAAUUCUCAGACCUUAGAAGCCAAAGACUGGCAAGGAUACUAGAGGGAACUACUCGAGUAGGCGAGGUCAGACUACAUACCGAAUAGGACUCCUUCCAAAAAUAAGCCUGAGGCCGGGGUGCUAGAGAACCUUGCCGUGCUGGAAUUCACGUUGAUGCCCCCACGGAGCUCUGCUGCAGAGCCCGCGAGUCCCGCACUUCCGGCCGCCAGGUGGCGCUGGUUCUGUUGCCAACUCGGAGAGACUGAGCUGGGCCACGCAAGAUGGCGCCGUCCGCCUUGCUGCGUCCCGUCUCCCGGCUGCUGGCCCCCGCCAGGCUCCCGAGUGGCCGUGCUUCAGCGCGAUCAAAGUUCUACGUGCGAGAGCCGCUGAAUGCCAAACCUGACUGGCUGAAAGUUGGGUUCACCUUGGGCACCAUCGUCUUCUUGUGGGUCUAUCUCAUCAAACAACACAAUGAAGAUAUUUUAGAGUACAAAAGAAGAAAUGGGCUGGAAUAAACUUUUGAAAUACUAAUGUAGUAUGCUCCGUAUAGUGAUGGUAGCUGUUCCUCUGGAUUCACCAUCUGUUGAGUUGUAAAUGUGAGAGAAAAAGUUAUAUGUGAAUAUAUAUUGUCAGCAUUUGUAUUUUGCAUCAUUAAAUAAAAAGAAAUAAAAAUA